CGCCCCCUCGUGGUUUGUGGAAGACCUGCAUAUUUCUGCGGCUGUGUUUCGGUGUGUUCGUGGCAGUCAGGUGCCGUGACUGAGCUGAGUCAGGUUUGAAUCUCCUUUUGCUGAUAUCUGUUCUCGCAGUGAAAUACGCAUUUUACAAAAUGAUAAGAGCAGGAGGAAUCCUGAAGUUGGCAGCACUGGUUUCUGUCUUCUUCUUGGCAGCUUUUCUCGCCUUUGAGCUCCUAGAAAUUAACUUGGACUUUAAUUUCGCUCGUAUGUUCGCAAGAUCUGCCCCCAAUGAAGAGGCCCCUACAAAGCAGUCACGUUACAAAUGCGGUCUGUCGAAGCCCUGUCCUGAAGACCACUUCUCCUUUAAGAUGGCCAGUGGAGCUGCCAGUGUAGUUGGACCCAAACUAUGCGUAGAGGACAAUAUAUUGAUGAGUGGGGUGAAGAACAACGUAGGAAGGGGUUUGAACAUCGCUCUGGUCAAUGGAAGGACUGGCCAGCUCAUCAAGACUGAAUUCUUUGACCUGUGGGCUGGAGAUGUCAACCCACUUAUCCAGUUUCUGAACAAAAUCGAAGAUGGAACAAUUGUCAUGAUGGCCACUUUUGAUGACUCUGCUACAAAGCUGAAUGAUGAGGCAAAGCAGCUAAUAUCAGACCUGGGAAGUUCAAAUAUCAGCUCACUAGGCUUCAGGGACAACUGGAUCUUCGUUGGAGGAAAGGGGAUCAAAACAAAGAGUCCCUUUGAACAGCACAUCAAGAACAACGCAGAGUCCAACAAGUAUGAAGGCUGGCCAGAAGUUCUGGAAAUGGAGGGAUGUAUUCCUCGAAGACAAGACUGAAACAUCAGCUCUCUUGGACCAAAUGACCCACAAUCCAUGUGCCCAGUCAGUGAAAGCUUAAAAAAACAAAGAAAGAAAAUUCCAGUAAGAUUUAAAAUUCCUCCAGAUUCCACCACUAUAUGGAAAAGGUCUUUACGUUUAGGUAUUAUGAACACCAGCCUAAAUUUACUAAUUCAUCAACCUAAAUUCAAAAUGUUGCAGUUUACCUUAACUGCUGUACCUUUUGUUAUGCCUGUUACAACUGGCUAUUUGUAUUUAUAUACAGCUUUACUCAUUAAUCGAGUGUGCUGGGAAACAAAAAAAAAGGUUUUCGCUGUGUUUGCCAAGUCCGUUCUGUCUCAAUCUCAGUGCUUCUGUUGUAUUAGAUUCCUAUACUAUUGACUAAUGACAGUCAUACUUGUGAGCCCUGAUAUUGUCACUAAAUAGAUCAUUGGUCAUGUUUAUCUCACUGUUUAUCUGUAUCGAUAAUGUUGCAAUAAUUUAAGUAGUUUUUAAUGCCUGUCUUGAGGACAGUCAUUUUAGAUAGACAGGAAUAAUACAGAGCACAUCACAUGCAAGGCUUAGUGCGUAACUAAUCUCAAUUCCAAAUAAGAAAACACUGGUGAAUAUCCGAAUCUUCAUGAAAACUACGUAAAUGAGUUUUACGAAGAAAUUUCUUCUUAAGAACAGUUGAUGAAUGAGGCCCAAUAUUUCUAACUCCUAGUGCUAGUUCAUGAAAGGCUGCAUAUACACUGACCAGCCACUUCAUUAAAACCACCUUGUUUCUACACUAAUUUUAUCAGCUCCACUUAGUAUAUAGGUGCACUUAGUAGUUCUACAGUUACAGACUGUAGUCCAUC